AUGAAGCCUUACAGAGACCGGAUCUUCAUUUUCUGUUUCCAACGGGUGAUAAAUAUUAUGUUGUUGAUGCCGGAUACCCGAAUACCAGAGGCUAGGUGGGCGUUAUUAAGAGACAUGCAUGUUAAUUACAAGUACGAGCACCAAGUGAGUAUUGUGAUUGCAUCGAUGGCAAUCCAUAACUAUAUUAGAAAGACCGGUAGGUUUGAUGAAGCAUUUAAUAGGGCACAACAAGAAUCCUACAUUCCUGCACACAAUCGUACUAGUAGUGAAGGUGACGAAGAAGGUCCAAGUACACAUCGCACGAGUAAUGAUAACUCGUAUAUGGCAACGAUACGAGAUAUUAUUGCGCAAGAUAUAAUGGAAUUUCGGAGAUGA